UUGUAAGUUCCUAAGCUCCUGUUGUUUAUUGUCGGCUGUUUACUUCUGUUUACUGCUGUUUGUUAUUAUAUUUUUGUUAAUCUUUUAUGUUUGUAGUUUGACAUGCUUUCAACUCUCGAAGCAUGUUCUAAACGACGAAUCAAUCAGCGAAUACCAAUAUCGAAGUUGGUUUGUGAAUUUGUUAUGCGAAGACCUUUUCCUUGACACAAACAAUGUUAUCGUAAGUUUUAUAUACUAUUUUUUAUUUUUUUAUAUAUGAAAUGGCUAAAAAUGAUAUAUUUCCAUAGUGGCGAAAUAGAAAACACCGACCGUAAAAAUCAAAAAGAUUUAUCUAAACUCCCAGAAGAUCGAAGACCUACGGGCUGGUUCCAUGACGGAAUAAUAAAGAUUAACAUAAAUGGCAAUAACUUACAGGUCGGUUUUCUUGAAGUAGUAGGUAACGCUAUUGUUAAAGAUCAUAAAAAAAUAAUUGGCGACCUACAAAAGAUAUUAAAAGGUAAGAAUUCAAAGCAUUUCUAUAUGUUAAAUACACGAGAACUCAUGAUACGCAAUUUUUUGAAUAGCAAUGCGCUUGUCAUUUUUUCGUUUAGAAGAGAAAAAGGAGUAGUUGACGAAAAAAAACUCCGGCAAAUGAUCGAAACGUUUGGAAUCCUAGUUGAUAGUAAGUAACAUUUUUUUUGCAUGUUUGUGAUCAUCAAACUAUAUACUAUAUACUUACUAAACUUCUUU